ACGAGCGCGCUUUUAUUGAAAACAACCUCAGUUAAGUCUUGCUCGCGAUCAAGAAUGUUGGUGGAAUUAGUGCUGAUUCCUUUUCUUGCGAUCAUCGCUCAUAUUCUUUACAAAGAGUGCAGGCGGCCAAAGAAUUUUCCACCAGGACCAAAAUGGGUUUUGCCGGUGUUUGGAAAUUUGUACCUGGUCUACUCACUGAAACAAAAACUGGGUUACCUAUUUUUGGCACUGGAGAGUUUGGCUGAAAAAUACGGACCUGUUUAUGGACUGAAAUUAGGUCAAGACGUGACCGUCGUUAUCACCGAUUAUGAGAUAAUGAAAAGCGUCCUCACUAGAGAGGAGUUCCAGGGACGUCCUAACGGAUACGUUUUCACAAUGAGAACUUUUGGAGAAAAGCUAGGCAUUGCUUUUGGUGAUGGACCCACUUGCAUGGCCAUGCGCAAUUUUACAAUGAAAUGUUUGAGAGACGUUGGCGCUGGAAAGGAAACAAUGAAUUGGUACAUUACAGAAGAGGCGUCAGAAUUUGUCAAGAUGUUGAAAUUGAGCUGUGGGGAAACCAAUGAGACUUCAAAAACAAUAAAAUUGGACGAGCUGUUUAAAUUGACCAUUCUUAACAGCCAGUGGCUUUUGAUUGCUGGAAAGCGCUUUGAUUAUGACGACAAAGAAUUUAUUCACCUUCUUGAUCUGGUGACGGGGUUUUUAAAAAAUUUCGACGGUGCUGGAGGACUUGUGAACAGACUGCCCUGGAUCCGAUUUGUCGCGCCAGAAUUAUCCGGUUUUAAUAAACUGAACGACGCUAUCAAGCCUCUUCAAGACUUCCUAUGGAAAAUAAUUUCCGACCAUAAGGAAAACUUUAAUUGCAACGCAGAGCACAACAAUUAUGUGGAUUUGUUUCUAGCAGAGAUUUUCAAGCAAAAGGAGCCGAGCAAAAUUUUUAAUGAAAAGCAGCUAGUGUCGUGUCUGAUUGACCUUCUUAUGGCCGGAAUGAUCACCACAAGCGACGCUAUGGUCGACAUGCUUCACUUUGCGGCGCAAAAUCAGGAGUUGCAGAAAGAGCUUCAGGCGGAAAUUGAUCGCGUCAUAGGCAGAAACGUAGCACCGACCAUGGAUUCUUAUAAUGAAAUGGUUUGGAUGCGCGCCUUCAAUUUGGAGACUCUACGUUUUGCAACAAUUGGGCCGAUUUCAGUGGCUCGAAGGGCGACAAAAGACACAACUCUGAUGCAGUAUCGCAUUCCUAAAGACACGGUUAUUGUGCCUGUUCUGCACCAAGCACUGAUGGACGAACGCUAUUGGAAGGACCCGCACGUCUUCCGACCGGAGAGAUUCCUCAACGCCGACAAAACUGAAUUCAUUCCAGACGAAAGGGUUAACAUUGCGUUUGGUCUUGGAAAAAGACGCUGCCCGGGGGACUUCAUCACUUAUCGUACCAUGUUCUUGUUCAUGGCAAAUAUUUUGCAGAAUUUCACUAUUCAACGUGACCCAAAUACUGUCGAAGGAAAAUUGCAGUGGGUUGAGGGAAUCACAUUAACUCCACCACCCUUUACAGGAACAUUAAAACUCAGAGAUGAGUAAUUCUGGAGUUGAACUGGAAGUCGCGCUAAUUGUGCUGCUGGGUGACCCUCAACCACUGAUCCCUCUGCCUGGUGACAAAGUAUUGAGUGUCUUUCCAGCUUUUCCAAGCCCUCAAAUGGAUUUCAUCGUAAUGACUGAAGCGAUUAUAUAUUUGGCUGCU